GAUUAAGAUUAAGCGAGCGGGAGAAGACUUAGGCUUCCAGCCCAGGGGAGGAAAGCGCCGGCUUUGUUUCCAGGCAGGAGCGGUGGGGCGAGAGGCGAUCCAGAACCACCCGAGAAGUGCAGCUCGCCCAUUCCGUCUCCGGAUCCCCAGCUCGGAAUUGCCCAGGGCUCGCCAUGACCGAAAUAACGGAGAAAGAAAACGAGCCCCAGCACAACUCGGAUGCUGCCCAGCAGACUCCGGGAACCGUGUCGAGCCUCCAGGAAACGAAGCUGCAGCGUUUCAAGCGUUCUCUCUCACUCAAAACCAUCCUGCGGAGCAAGAGCGUCGAGAACUUUUUCCUGCGCUCCAACAGUGAGUUCAAGCUACCUUCUGAUGUCCUGCUGAGCCCCCCAGAUUCCGUGCCACCCCCAUCUCCACCACCAGUGGCAACUGAAGCAGAGCACUCUCCAAAAUUAGGUCACAAGUCUCUGGCACCCCUCAAGCCCAUGAAAACACACAGCUUCCAGGAGCACAUCUUCAAGAAACACCAUCCUUGUGAGAUCUGCCAUCAGCUUAUUGUAGGAAAUUCGAAACAAGGCCUGAGAUGCAAGACAUGCAAAGUCAGUGUGCAUCUGUGGUGUUCAGAGGAAGUGUCUCAUCAGCAUUGUCUGGGCAAGACAGCAACCUCUUUCCGACGCAACCUCAGCUCCCCAAUGCUGCUGCACGAACCCCAGCAACAGCCAGCGACCACCAAGGAGCCCCCCCCUGCAGGACCCAGUGGGAAGGUGGACCCAGUUUAUGAGACUUUGCGCUAUGGCACUUCACUGGCCUACAUGAAUCGCUCCAGUUUCAGCAGCACUUCGGAGUCCCCCACCAAGAGCCUGAAUGAGAAAGAGGAAGCAAUUGAGGAUCCAGAAGGAAGUGGACAGAUGGCAGAGGAAGACCAGGCUGAUAACGGAACUCCAAUCUUCCCAGGGCCACCAGAAAGUGAAAGUGCCACCUUGGAGGAAAAGAGCCCAGGACAACAGUCAGCCCGGAGCACUGCACGCAAGGAGAUCUCACCCAUGUACUCAUAUGUAGCUCUCUACAAGUUUCUGCCUCAGGAGAACAAUGACCUACCCCUGAAGCCUGGAGAUCGAAUCAUGCUGUUGGAUGAUUCCAAUGAGGACUGGUGGAAGGGGAAGAUGGGUGACCGCAUGGGCUUCUUCCCAGCCAAUUUUGUACAGCGAGUUCGUCCAGGUGAAACAGUCUGGAGAUGCUGCAAGACUUUCUAUGGCAACAAGGAACAGGGACAGCUAAGCCUUAAGGAAAACCAGAUCUGUGUUGGUGUGGGGAAGACAAAGGAGAACGAGGGUUUCAUCAAGGUGACAAGUGGCAAAAAGCGAGGCCUUGUGCCUGCUGACACGCUAACAGAAAUCUGAAUGGAAAACGA